AUGCAGUGCCUAGCGGCCGCUCUUAAGGACGAAACCAACAUGAGUGGGGGAGGGGAGCAGGCCGACAUCCUGCCGGCCAACUACGUGGUCAAGGAUCGCUGGAAGGUGCUGAAGAAGAUCGGGGGCGGGGGCUUUGGUGAGAUCUACGAGGCCAUGGACCUGCUGACCAGGGAGAACGUGGCCCUCAAGGUGGAGUCAGCCCAGCAGCCCAAGCAGGUCCUCAAGAUGGAGGUGGCCGUGCUCAAGAAGCUGCAAGGGAAAGACCACGUGUGCAGGUUCAUUGGCUGUGGCAGGAACGAGAAGUUCAACUAUGUAGUAAUGCAGCUGCAGGGCCGGAACCUGGCCGACCUGCGCCGAAGCCAGCCUCGAGGCACCUUCACGCUGAGCACCACACUGCGGCUGGGCAAGCAGAUCCUGGAGUCUAUUGAGGCCAUCCACUCUGUAGGCUUCCUACACCGGGACAUCAAGCCAUCAAACUUUGCCAUGGGCAGGCUGCCCUCCACCUACAGGAAGUGCUACAUGUUGGACUUUGGGCUGGCCCGGCAGUACACCAACACCACAGGGGAUGUCCGGCCCCCUCGGAAUGUGGCUGGUUUUCGAGGGACCGUUCGCUAUGCCUCAGUCAAUGCCCACAAGAACCGGGAGAUGGGCCGCCACGAUGACCUGUGGUCCCUCUUCUACAUGCUGGUAGAGUUUGCAGUGGGCCAGCUGCCCUGGAGGAAGAUCAAGGACAAGGAGCAGGUGGGGAUGAUCAAGGAGAAGUAUGAGCACCGCAUGCUGCUGAAGCAUAUGCCCUCUGAGUUCCACCUCUUCCUGGACCACAUCGCCAGCCUCGACUACUUCACCAAGCCUGAUUACCAGUUGAUCAUGUCGGUGUUUGAGAACAGCAUGAAGGAGCGGGGCAUUGCGGAGAAUGAGGCCUUUGACUGGGAGAAGGCAGGCAAUGACGCCCUCCUGUCCACAAGCACCUCCACCCCGCCCCAGCAGAACACACGGCAGACGGCAGCCAUGUUUGGGGUAGUCAAUGUGACGCCGGUGCCAGGGGACCUGCUCCGGGAGAACACAGAGGACGUGCUGCAGGGCGAGCACCUGAGCGACCAGGAGAACGCACCCCCAAUCCUGCCUGGGCGGCUCCCCGAGGGGCUGGGCCCAGGUCCCCACCUUACCCCUCAUCCCGGGGGUCCUGAGGCCGAGGUCUGGGAGGAGACAGAUGUUAACCGGAACAAGCUCCGCAUCAACAUUGGCAAAACCUCUUGUGUGGUGGAGGAGGAGCAGAGCCGAGGUGUGGGGGUCCCCAGCUCCCCAGUGCGUGCCCCCCCAGACUCCCCGACAACCCCAGUCCGUUCUCUUCGCUACCGGAGGGUCAACAGCCCCGAGUCGGAGAGGCUCUCCAUGGCGGACGGGCGGGUGGAACUUCAUGAGAGGAGGUCACGGAUGGAUCUGCCCGGCUCGCCCUCACGCCAGGCCUGCUCAUCACAGCCGGCCCAGAUGCUGUCAGUGGACACAGGCCAUGCUGAUCGGCAGGCCAGCGGCCGCAUGGACGUGUCAGCCUCCGUUGAGCAAGAGGCCCUGAGUAACGCCUUCCGCUCAGUGCCACUGGCUGAGGAGGAGGACUUCGACAGCAAGGAGUGGGUCAUCAUUGACAAGGAGACAGAGCUCAAGGACUUCCCACCGGGGGCAGAGCCCAGCACAUCCGGCACCACGGACGAGGAGCCCGAGGAGCUGCGGCCGCUGCCCGAGGAGGGCGAGGAGCGGCGUCGGCCGGUGGCCGAGUUGGCUGUCCGGCCCCGGGGACGCAGCAUGCAGACACUGGCCGAGGAGGACCCACGGCACACGCCACUCCAGCCCCCGCUGCCCCAGCUGAGCCAGGCUGAUGGCCGAUUGGAGACAUCGCAGCCCCCCACACCUGGCAGCCCUUCCCACUCACCCCUGCACUCAGGACCCCGCCCUCGAAGGAGAGAAUCGGAUCCCACGGGCCCACAGAGACAGGUAUUCUCGGUGGCGCCCCCGUUUGAGGUGAAUGGUCUCCCACGAGCUGUGCCUCUGAACCUGCCCUACCAGGACUUCAAGAGAGAUCUCUCUGAUUACCGCGAGAGGGCACGGCUGCUCAACAGGGUCCGGAGGGUGGGCUUCUCGCACAUGUUGCUCACCACCCCCCAGGUCCCUCUGGCUCCCAUUCAGCCUCAGGCCAAUGGGAAGGAGGAAGAGGAAGAGGAGGAGGAGGAGGAGGAAGAGGAGGAAGAGGAGGAAGAGGAGGAAGAAGAGGAAGAAGAGGAGGAGGAGGAGGAGGAGGAAGAGGAAGAGGAAGAGGAGGAAGAAGAGGAGGAGGCAGUGGCUCUGGGGGAGGUGCUGGGGCCUCGCAGUGGCUCCAGCAGUGAGGGAAGUGAAAGGAGCACCGACCGGAGCCAGGAGGGCGCCCCAUCCACGCUGCUGGCUGACGAUCAGAAGGAGUCCAGGGGCCGGGCCUCCAUGGCCGAUGGGGACCUGGAGCCUGAGGAGGGCUCCAAAACACUGGUGCUCGUCUCCCCUGGUGACAUGAAGAAGUCGCCUGUCACUGCCGACCUGGCCCCUGACCCCGACCUGGGCACCCUGGCUGUCCUCACUCCUCAGCACGAACGGCCCCAGCCCACUGGCAGCCAGCUGGAUGUGUCUGAGCCAGGCACCCUGUCCUCCAUCCUCAAGUCUGAGUCCAAGCCCCCCGGUCCCGGGGUAGGGCCAGGGGCUGGGGUGGUGACCACAGGAGCAGGGGGAGUGGCAGUCACCUCCUCACCCUUCACCAAAGUUGAGAGGACCUUUGUGCACAUUGCAGAGAAAACCCACCUCAACGUCAUGUCUUCCAGUGGGCAGGCCUUACGACCUGAGGAGCUUGGCACUGGUGUUGAGCUGGGCCUGGAGGUGCCCUCUGAUGGCGGUGCUGCAUGGGAGAGGGCUCUGGUGCCCCUGGAGAACGGCAUCACCCUGUCAGGGCUGGAUGGGGCUAAGACAGAGAGCUGUGCUCUGUCUGGCCCUCCUGGGGACACCCCUUCAGAAGUGGCCAGGGACUCACUGCCCAAUGGCCCAGCCCUUGCUGAUGGGCCAGCCCCAGUAUCCCCGCUGGAGCCAGGCCCUGAGAAACUGGACACCAUCUCUCCCAGUCGCCAGGCUAGGCCAGGCCCUCACCUGAGGAGCCGUAUCCCUGUUCUGCUAUCUGAGGAGGACACGGGCUCAGAGCCCUCGGGCUCACUGUCGGCCAAAGAGCGAUGGAGCAAGAGGGCCCGGCCACAGCAGGACCUGGCCCGGCUGGUGAUGGAGAAGAGGCAAGGCCGGCUGCGACUGCACCUGGCCUCAGGGGCCUCGUCUUCCUCCAGUGAGGAGCAGCGCCGCGCUUCUGAGACACUUUCCGGCACAGGCUCCGAGGAGGACACCCCUGCCUCUGAGCCUGCAGCACCCAGGAAGUCUGGUAGGGCAGCAGCCACCCGGAGCCGGAUUCCCCGCCCCAUCAGCAUACGCAUGCCCACACCUGCCACAGCCCAGCAGUCCCCCGGGAGACCCCAAGUCGCAUCCCCAGCAUCUGACACAGCCAUCACCAGCAGGCUCCAGCUGCAGAAGCCCCCAGGGUCGGCCAUUUCUGCUGACCUCCGACCCAAACAGCCCUCUGGUCGCCGCCCGGCUCCAGGCAGAGCACGAGCGGGAGCCAGGACCCCCGCCCCCGCCCCCGCCCCAGCCCCACGCAGUCCCGGCCUCACCGCAGCAGCGCGCAACCAGAGCGCGUCCCCGCGGAGCCGGUCUCUGUCCCGCAAAGAGAGCGCCUCCCCAUCGCACCAGGUCCGGCCCGCGGGCCCCCCACCCCGGGGAGCCCCACAGGCCCGGGCCCAGCCUGAUGGCACCCCCUCCCCGGGGGGCCCCAAGAAAGGACCCAGGGGGAAACUCCAGACUCAGAGUGCAGUAACCAAAGGCCGGGCGGGGGUUGCGGAGGGCCGAGCCGGAGCCAAAUCAUGA